AUGCUUUAUAAUGGUAUAAUCAAGCCAAACGUAGGCUCUAGAUAUAUUAUAUCUUUUCUCUGUCGGAAUCGUUUUGAAGGAAUAAGGAAUAGUAAAUUACCACUGAUAAAUAACCAAUUAUUUUUUAAAUAUGAUUGCAUUGGGUCAAGGUACUAUGCAAAAAGUCACCGAAAGAAUAAACUAUGCCAGAGUAAUAAAUUGAAAGAGUUAAAUUUCACUAUUCCUAAUUUUAUUUCUGUGACUAACUUGGCUAAUUUGUUGAAUUGUAGAAUCCAAACAUUGAUUAAUGAUCUUGCAAAACUUGGUUUUAAAGAUAUCUCUAAUGAUUACAUAUUGACAAAGGAAUAUACUGAAUUGAUUUUGCAAGAAUAUAAUUAUCAUAUCCCUGAAACAGUCGUUCAAGAUUGUCAAAAUAUCUAUGACGAAUUGAAACAGUCUUCAAACCCUAAAGCAUUAAAGAGAAGACCACCUAUUGUUACUAUUUUAGGGCAUGUUGAUCACGGGAAGACAACUAUAAUUGACUAUUUACGGAAUUCCUCGGUGGUGAAACAGGAACAUGGUGGUAUUACUCAACAUAUUGGUGCAUUCCAAGUAACAACACCAGUAACAAAACAAAAAAUUACUUUUUUGGAUACCCCUGGACAUGCUGCAUUCCUGAAAAUGAGAGAACGUGGUGCUAAUAUAACAGAUAUUAUUGUAUUAGUUAUAUCUAUGGAAGAUUCAAUAAAACCACAGACUGUGGAGGCAAUCAAGCACAUUAAAAACUCUGGAAAUGAGCUGAUUGUAGCAAUCACAAAGAUAGACAAAUUCCCCAGAUUAGAAGAUAGAAAAAAAAAAUUAACAAAAAUCAUUAAUGACCUGAUGCAACAUGGUAUUAUGGUUGAGGAUAAUGGAGGGGAUAUUCAAUUAGUACAGAUAAGUGCUAAAACAGGUGAAAAUAUGGAGAAUUUAGAAGAAUCAAUUGUUUCUCUUAGUGAAAUUAUGGAUAUCAGAUCUGAAAAUUUGCCAAGUACAAUGGUCCAAGGAUGGAUUGUUGAGAGUAAAAUCAAAAAUAAGGUAGGUAAUAUCGCUACUGUUUUAAUAAAGAAGGGAGCGUUGAAAAAAGGAGAUAUUCUAUUAUGUGGUAAUACAUACUGUCGCGUGAAGAACAUGACAAACAAUAAUAACAAACCAGUAACACAAGCUCUACCCGCUGAAGCAGUUGAAGUCUUAGGAUGGAAGGAUUUACCUAAUGUUGGAGAUGAAAUAAUUCAAGUUAAAAAUGAAGCUGUUGCUAAAAAAUAUAUAAACAAAAGAAUAGCAUUGCUAGAAUUAGAAAAUAAGGUAAAAUCUGUGGAACAAUACAAUGAAAAUAGAGCUAUGGAGUUACAUAAUACAGUAUUAACUGGUCAAGAUAAAUUAGAAGUCAAUGAGUUAAAUAAGGAAAAUAAUAUCAACAGUGGUCCAAAAGAAGUCAAUUUUAUCAUAAAAACCGAUGUAUCAGGUUCUGCAGAGGCUGUUAAAGAAAGUAUUGAACACCUAGGUAAUGAUGAAGUUAAAUGUAACAUAAUAUCCACUAGUGUAGGAGUUCCAACUGAAGGUGAUUUAAAAAUGGCAAAUCUUACAUCUAGUACUAUUAUAUGUUUCAAUCUAGAUAAAUUACCAAACGAAGUAAUAAAUAACAAGUUCAAUAUCCCCAUUAAGAGAUAUAAUGUUAUAUACAAAUUGAUUGAGGAUGUCAUUGAUAUUUUGGUAAAGAAUAUGAAACAAAUUUUUGAAAAGAAGAUAAUAGCUACUUUGGAAUUAAGAGAAGUCUUUGAAUAUAGAUUAAAGAAAAAAAUAAUUAAGAUAGCUGGUUGUAAAGUCUCUAACGGAGAAGUCAAAAGAAACGCCAAAGUUCAGAUAACAAGGAAUUCUGAUGAUAAUAUAAUAUAUGAAGGACAAAUUCAAACUUUGAAACACGGCAAAGAUGAAAUAGCAACUACCAAUAAAGGGCAUGAAUGCGGUAUAACUUUUACCAAUAAUUUUGAAAAUUUCCAGGCAGGCGACAAAAUUUCUGUAUAUGAGUUGGUAGAAGUUGCAAGACAUUUGUAA